AUGAUGCGUUCAUGCGCAGCAUUCGCUCUCCUUGCCCCGGCAGUAUUCUCUUCAAGUAAAGACAUUGCCGGCAUGAGAAUCGUCAUGGCAUUUAUCAGACGUUCGGGUGACAGAAAGCUUUGGUACGUGUCCUACGCUGACUUUUGUCAUAUGCUCUACACGAGCGGUGUUAAUUGGAUGACUAUGGAACAGAUGAAGGGCGCAUUCAGAGGCGUCGAUUUGAACCAAUCGGGCGGCCUCCAUCUCACCGAGUUAGCACAAGCCAUCGCUGCCACUGACCAUGAUUGCAAGCAACUCUUGAAUGGUACCAUCCCCCCUGAGGAGUUUCUAGAGAGCGUCCUUGCAGCGAGCGAGACGGUGUCAACUACGCCUCGUCGAAGUGCGUACGAGUCACAUCCUGUCACGCUGGUAGAGCAGAUCGAAUCACUCAGAAAGCACAAUUGA